CGCCGGCGCGCCCGUCGCGUCCCGUCCCGUCCCGUCUCGCCGCCCCGCCAGCCAUGAGCUCCACGCAGUUCAACAAGGGGCCCUCGUACGGGCUGUCGGCCGAGGUCAAGAACCGGCUCCUGUCCAAGUACGACCCCCAGAAGGAGGCAGAGCUCCGCAGCUGGAUCGAGGGACUCACAGGCCUCUCCAUCGGGCCCGACUUCCAGAAGGGUCUGAAAGACGGAGUUAUCCUGUGCACGCUCAUGAAUAAGCUGCAGCCAGGCUCCGUCCCCAAGAUCAACCGCUCCAUGCAGAACUGGCACCAGCUGGAAAACCUGUCCACCUUCAUCAAGGCCAUGGUCAGCUACGGCAUGAACCCUGUGGACCUGUUCGAGGCCAACGACCUGUUUGAGAGCGGGAACAUGACGCAGGUGCAGGUGUCUCUUCUCGCGCUGGCCGGGAAGGCCAAGACAAAGGGGCUGCAGAGUGGCGUGGACAUUGGCGUCAAAUACUCAGAAAAGCAGGAACGCAACUUUGAUGACGCCACCAUGAAGGCGGGCCAGUGCGUCAUUGGGCUCCAGAUGGGCACCAACAAAUGUGCCAGUCAGUCGGGCAUGACGGCGUAUGGCACAAGAAGGCAUCUGUACGACCCCAAGAACCAUAUCCUGCCCCCCAUGGACCACUCCACCAUCAGCCUCCAGAUGGGCACCAACAAGUGUGCUAGCCAGGUGGGCAUGACGGCUCCGGGGACCCGGCGGCACAUCUACGACACCAAGCUGGGGACCGACAAGUGUGACAACUCUUCCAUGUCCCUGCAGAUGGGUUACACGCAGGGCGCCAACCAGAGUGGCCAGGUCUUUGGCUUGGGCCGGCAGAUCUAUGACCCCAAGUACUGCCCCCAAGGCCCUGUGGCCGAUGGGGCUUCUGCGGCUGCAGGCGACUGCCCAGGCCCCGGGGAGGCCCCGGAGUACACACCCUACCACCACCAGGAGGAGGCCGACUACUGAGGUUCCCGUGCAGGGUGUCUCCCCACAUCGCUCCGUGUGGUUUUGGGGUUCUUCUGUUUUCGUCUUGUUUUUCUCCUUGUCUGAGCGCUACCAGCUGAGGGCUUGUGGGGAAGGGGUGAAGCACAUGCAGAUCUGCACGGUGUGGGGGGCUCAUGCGGGCCA